UCUGGAUCCAAACUUUCUGGUUGAGCGUUUCGGUGUUGGUAGAUCUCGCGAUACAGCAAAACGAAGCUACACGGCGAUUUGACCCCCCUUUCACCAGUUUUGCGGCUGACCAAACCAAUUGGAGGUAAAUUGUGAGAGAUUGAUCUCUCAGAACCUUCAAGAUGUCGCAAGUCCUCGGUCUGACAAAACUGGCCUACUCUCGAGUAUGGCAUAGUGUAUCUGCCUCCGCCCCUCAUGCCACACUCUCUACUCAGCCCGGCGUUACACCACCUUCACUCGGCCGUCUCGCAUCCCGCAUCGCCGUUCUUCUCAUGGGCAAGCACAAGCCGAUUUUCGACCCAUCAACCGAUUGCGGUGACUACGUUGUCGUGACCAACUGCGCCGCUCUUUACACAACCGGCCGCAAGAAGUGGCAAAAGCCUUACUACCGACACACGACACGACCUGGCAGCCUCAAGUCCAUAACAAUGGACGCACUCAUGGAGGCGCACGGAGGCAGUGAGGUUCUGCGCAAGGCUGUGCGUGGCAUGUUGCCCAAGAACCGAUUACGAGACAAGCGAUUGGCAAGACUUAAGGCGUUUGAGGGCGAUGCUCAUCCGUACAAGGAUAACUUGAUACGGUUUGCUGGUGUACCAGUGGGAGAGGAAGGUUGGGAGAAGGCCACCGAAAGGGUCCGAAAUGGCGAUAAGAAGCGAUUAUAAGAAAUCACGGGAGUAGCUAUGGAACGAGGGAGCUGCGCAGUAAAGACUAUGCGGAUGGGCUAUGAGAGUCCUUGUACUAUUUGUACCAAUAUCUUGGGCAUAUUAUGACCUAGCACCAAGCAAUUAUCAACGUUUUCAUGAUGUGAUGUGUCCGGUGUGCAUUUCACCUGCUGUACAAAGACACUGGGUCUGGUUUACGUUCUGCCAGUGACAUUUACCCUGAUUAUGCCCCUACGGUUCACGGUCAUGGAUAUUAUCGUAAAAAAGGUAUGAGUGAGGGAAUACCACAGUACAGGUUUCAACACAAUACAAUCAGGACAGGCAGAAAGGUAGCAAAAUUAACAUAAUUACUAAAAUCAUAUCUAGUGCUAGAAUCUAAGUUCAUCGCUUGGUAUCAAUCUUUAUCCUGGGUUCAUAAUAACGUUCCAUCUUGACAUCUAUCGCCGCAGAAUACAACCAUUCUCAACGCCCCUUUAUAGCUUUGAUUGCAAGUUGUCACGAGACACUUCGCACUUGAUAAGACCAUUGGGGCCAGACUGGGGCGCAUAAACCUCAGCAUCCUUGCCUGUGUUCUUGAGUCCCUUGUGCCAGCUCAGGUCUAGAUAAGAGGUUAGUAUCAACAGUCGACUUGGGGAAGCGUGUCCAGGCUUACCAAUCUCGAAGUAAUGUUUGUUGGGCAGUGCGUAAGUGACUGUCGCAAUCUCGGGCACAAGCUCGAGAAUCUGAGUAGACAUCUUGUACAUGGUGGCUUGCACACUAGCACUGUCGUCCUCGGCAAAGAUCUUGAGGGUGGUGUUGCGUGCCGCCUCUCGAGCACUGUCGAAUUUGGGAGCAAAGGCCUUGACAGCGUUCAGUGAGUCAAACUUCUUCCACUUCCAUGUAGCAUCAACAUCGGUUGAGAAGAUACGAUCCCAGGUCUCAGGAAGAGUUGUGUACUCAUCGCGAACAAAGCCGUGGAAAGCAGAACCGGUGCUCUUAAGUACAGUCAAGCCAACAAGAGAGCUCUUGAUCUGGAUGCCUUCCUGUCGGCUCACGCGAACCUCCACAUUUCGGGUCUCCUCACCAUCCUUGAAAAAGCUGUGAGGGUGAGGCUUGCCAUCAACCUUCAGACGCUGCCAGCGAACAGUCUUGACGUUGACGUUGGCAACAUGAAUGUGGCUGUACUUCUCGAUGAAGUGGCUACCGAGGAUAGAGGCGUACAACUCAGGAGGGUUGACAGGGUUCUGCUUGGCGGUAAUGUAGAUGGUGUUCUUGAUAGAGUCGGUGGCAACGACAACACUGUUAUCGGCCUUGGUGUAGGAGGUCUCAAUCUCUCCCUCGAGAAGACAGCAGACGGUCAUCUCAGUGACGGUCUGGAUGCCAGUAGAGGCAUCGCGAUCAACCUUGCAGACGCGGACAUUGUCCUUGCCAUAGCGAGCAGCAGAUACGUAAGGCAUUGUGAGAGGCUUGUUGUGUGAUAAGUCUGAAGACGUGUAGUUGCUACCGGAUAAGACCAGAUAAGGUUUUAGGUUUAGUGUAUUGCAACAAGAGAUGAGCGAUGGCAAUGUUUUCAAGAAUCAAGAUUAAGCACAGUAUGGUUUGAAAGGAGGGAAGGGGAGGAAUAGGCUUUAAAUAUAGAUUAGCAAGUAUGCAGAAU